AUGGCUGAUGAAGGAGAAUAUAUGGAACCAAUAGAACAGGAACCUGACGAAGAAGAAACACUUGUCGUGUUGAUGAAGACGACAUUUCAGAAAGUGUCCAAGCAUGCAAAAAUAGCAUCAUUGGGAAGCUACAAGGAGGUAGAUCUGAACAGGGUGCUAAAAGGAAAUCCAUGGUUCUUCAGGAAUGCCUGGCUGCUAGUGAAGAAAUGGGAGAGAGCUGAAGACCAGAUAGACAAAGGCCUAGAUAAGGUGGAGACAAAAAUGCAGAUCUGGGACCUACCGGAACACUGUAAAACACCAAAACUUGGAGAAAAGAUAGCUGCUUGUAUGGGAGAUGUAGUGAGCUGCAAGCUGUUUGAAGCAGGAAAAGACCAAGUGAGAUUCAUCAAAGCAACUGUCAAUAUGAACAUAAAUACACCCUUCAUGAAAGGAACAAACGUGGGGAGCAUGAAGGAUGGCCUUACAUGGGUAAACUUCAAGUACGAAAGAUUACCAACAUUUUGCUACUACUGUGGAAAAGCAGGACAAGAAGAAAACAACUGUGGAAAAGGAAAACAAGAUGAAGAAAGAGGUAUGUAUAAAUCCAAAUCUCUUGGUCCCUGGAUAAAAGCAGAUAUUACUGGUGUCAGAGUUGAUACAAUAAACAGUAGAACAAAUAAAAAACAACAAGAAGAAAACAAGGAAGAAGGAAAGCGUAAAGCGAGAAUCACAGAAAAACUAAUGGAAAAACUGGCAUGUCUGUCAAUCGUGGACUCAUUUGAGUCCGACAUUGGAAAAGAUAACAGCCAGGCCCCUGCGAUAACACUCCCAGGAACCUCCUCACUGAAGAGGGAUCUGGAGGAUGGGAUCAAAAAGGGGAAGGAACUCCAUGAGUUUAUAAGGAAGAAAACUAUAGAAAUCAACAAACAACAGAAAGGACAAACCAAAGAAGAAACAAGGCUAGACUUGGAAAUGAGUGUGAUAGAUAAUAAGGAGACUGAAAAGGAAGCAAACUGGAAAGACAGGAAAAAAAAAGAAAGAAGAUGA